UUUUUUAAUAUUCGAUAUCGAAAAUUAGUUUUAUAAAACCUUUUUUUUAUUUUUUUUAUUUUUUUUUUUUAUAUUAAUUAUUUUAUUUAUUAUAUAAUACAUUAAUACGUAUUAAUUAAUAAAAUACAAUUAAUAUUAUUUAUCAUCUAAUUUUUUUUUUUUUUAUUUAUUUGCUUCACAACGAAAAAAUAAUUUAAUAAAAAUUAACCCCCCCCCACCCCACAAUAUUAAAAUUUUUUAGACCGAAAUAUAUACAUAGCCUAUAUCGAAAUUAAUUAAUAAUUAUCUAUAGUUUUUAUUUUACUAUACACUUUUAAUUGUUAAUUAUAUAUUGUAUAAUAUUUUAUUUAUUAAUAAUAUAGUAGUAAUAUAUAGCCAUAGAAAAAAAUGACUAGUGAUAAAAUACAUUCAAAAAAACCUGCUAACACAGCAUUUAAACAACAAAGAUUAAAGGCAUGGGAACCUAUUUUAACACCAGGCCCAGUAAUUCUUGCAUUUAUAGCAAUCGGUAUUGCAUUUGUUAUUGUUGGUGCAUUUAUGCUUAGAGCAUCAAACCAAGUUAUAGAAUAUACAGUUAGAUAUGACGAUAAUACAGAUUGUAAAAUCGAUUCAGGAGUUCCUUGUAGAAUAGAUAUCGAUAUUACUGAAGAAAUGGAAGCACCAGUAUAUUUAUAUUAUAGAUUAGAUAACUUUUAUCAAAAUCAUCGUAGAUAUGUAAAAUCAAGAAAUGACGAUCAAUUAAAAGGUAUUGUUGUUACCGAUUUUAAUAAAUUGGAUGCCUGUGAACCAAUGAUUACUGCUGAUGGUAAAAAAUCUAAUAUUUCACAAAUUCUUGUUCCAUGCGGUUUAAUUGCUAAUAGCAUGUUCAAUGAUACAAUCAAAUUAUAUUCAGGUGCCGAUCAAAUCACCCUUAGAAAAAAAGGUAUUGCCUGGAGUUCAGAUGUUGAAAAGAAAUUUGGUGACUAUCCAGUCGACGGUCCAGGUAUUAUUAACCCACAAUUUAAUGGUAAAUUCUCAGAUGAAGAUUUCAUUGUUUGGAUGAGAACUGCUGCUUUACCAGAUUUCAAAAAAUUAUAUAGAAUUUAUGAUGGUCCAGCUUCAUUAAAAGGAAAAAUCACUGUUGAAAUUGAUAAUCAUUAUCCAGUUGCUUCAUUCGAUGGUAAGAAGUAUGUUGUUCUUUCAACUGCAAAUUGGAUCGGUGGUAAAAAUCCAUUCCUUGGUUAUGCCUAUAUCAUUGUAGGUUGUAUUUGCUUUGUUCAAGGUAUUGUUUUCUUAGUCAAACAUUAUGUCUCACCAAGAAAGAUGGGUGAUGUUAAAUAUUUAGAUUGGAAUAAAUAAAAAAAUACUAAAAAUCAUCAUCAUUACAUAAUAUAUCCAACAUAAAUUUAGCUUUUUUUAUUUUACUUUAUAAAUUAAAUCAAUUAUGAAAAUAAAAAAAAAAAAA